ACAUCGAACGCAUAUUAUUUCGUUGACAUAGCUCGCGUAGUGAAGACGUGUAUUUGCCCGUUCGUCAGUACCGUGUCGGUGAGUCAAGUUCCCGUCGUCCCGUCCGCAUUCCAGCUCCCAUUCAUACCCGGGUGAAUCCGUCCGAUCCCGAAGCGUGUGGAAAGUAAAACCAGUUACGGUAGAAUACCGAUACGCGAGACUGCAUCAAACCUCUGCUACGGACGUAUUUCUGUCAGUUGCAUUGCGGGAGAGUGAACGAACACCAGCAGCUGUAACUGUAGCUGUGCGUCCGCCCAGUUCAAGGCCAACGGUUUUCCAUCUGAUUUUCCCCCAGACAACACACGCAGCAAGAUGUUCAGCGGAAUUACUGCUUCACUAAAAAAUCUCGGCAGCAAAGCGGAAGGGCUGUUCGAUAAGAAGAAAAAGGAGGCACAAGAUUUGGCCAACGAGAAAGUGCAGGCAGCGUCCAGUUUAGCCGAGGAACAGGCGAAGAAAACGCAGGAAUCCUUCAGCAAAACCAAAUCCGAUGCGGAAGCUUUGGCGUCGUCGGCUGCCGGUGAGAUCGAUGCCACAAAGCAGCAAGCGUCAGCAGCCGCCGAAAGCACGUCGCAGGCCGCUGGAACGUUCAUGGAUCAUGCGAAACAGGCAGCGGAAAAUGCCAUACAGCAGAGUGCCGUCGUGGUAGAGCAAGCGGUCGAGGAACAGAUGAAAGUAGCAGAACAGAAGGUGGACGAAGGUAUGAAGCGGGCGAGUGAAGAAGUGGAUCGUAAGCUGCAGGAAGCAAACCGAGUGGCCGACGAGAAGCGUGGUGAGCUGGAGCAGAAAGUAACUGAUGUCGCUGCGAAGGCACAAGAGUCGGCCACCGCCAGUGCGACUGGAUUGUUGGGAAAGCUGAACCUUGGAAAGUAAAUAGCUGAAACACGCGCGCGCGCUUGACAAGAAUCCCUCCAGCACCCGUGAAAGAUGCUAGAUGCUGCUGCACAAAGCUGAGAUCGCUCGUCGUUGCUGUUGUCGGUGUUCACCACGCGCUUCGUUUCGCAAAUGCGCGCACAUUCGAUGUGCUCGUUCAACGUGAUGAUAUUAAGCUUUUUGGAUGAAUUUUUAAUACAACUAUUAUUAAUGUACCAUUAGCAUGUUUAGCACCGAAGUCGAGGAAUAGUCACCCAAACAUUGGUUGGCCUAAUUGUUUCACUGGAGUGGCUUAAUAUUGCUGCCUCAUACAACAAUACUACCAAACGAUGAAAUGAUUGCCUUACACCGCCAAGGGUAUAUUAUCCGGAGAUCCGGAAAUGGUGUGCUUCCCGUUUGGGCGAUGGAAAACAAUAGAAACGGAUUACCUGUCUAAUAUUGCCUAAUGAGCAAAAUAGCACAACACACAGCUACCUAAUCGUUACAAGCCUUAUCACAAACGCGCAGUUUUGAAUGUUGUUUAAUCCGUACAAGACAUCGUAAUGUCCAACAGUUCAUUUACAAGAUAAUGUAGUGGCGUAAACAGAAAUGCACAUUUUGUUCGGCAUAGUUGCGUCCGGGUAACGGCGCAUUCGUUUCUAAGUUCGAGAAAUGUUUUAACCAAACGGUUUUGACCAUAAUGUUUUACAAUAACGAAAUUAAAUUACUAUAUAGUAAUGUCUAAGCUCGCUCGUGUAGCAAACGAACCUUUCGGGGUGCAAGAAAUUCGACCAUUUACAUUUGGUUCAAAACUUUUAUUUUUUGUUUAACCUCCAAAGAUUGAUGGAAAAUGCAUUAAUGGCAAAUAAAUAGAUGAUAUACAAACCAAA